CCCCUGGCCUGCCGCAGCGCGCCGCAGUCCGGCCUCCCCGCCCGGCGCCGGGGAGGCUGCCUGGCGGCCUCGUCACGUGUCCUCGGCGAUCGCCGAACAGGUCUGAUCAAUUUCUGUCUGCAUCUGCCGGGUCCCUGCGCCUAUCGAUCGCAGACCUGUGUCUGCACCAGCGAGGACCAGAAAGAUGCAUGCUGCGGGCCCUUGGACUUCUGGGUCACCGGGUUGGGGGGUGCGCAUAAAUCGGCCUUUCCAGAAGCGGGCCCCCGGCUAAUUGGAAGCCUGUAGGCUAGCCAGCUCCUUGGACGUCUGCCCUGCACCCUGGGGCCCCUGCCAGACCGAGGGAGCCUCGCUGCGCAAGGGGCUGGCGUCCCACCACACAUCACCCACAAUGCUUUGCCGCCCGGACCGCCAGCCAGUUCCCCGGAGGGUGGGGAGGGGGCGGUGCUGCCCUGUCCGUCUCCUGGCGCGGAGCCCGAAGACCUGGGAACCGGAGUUAAUGCCCUGUGAUGAAUUACGCGGCUGCCCUUAAUCGGCCGCUGGCGCUGGGGAAGCCUUUCUGUAGCCAGAGUCUCAGACGUUUAGCUCUGUUCCGCUGCGGGCGCGAGCCACCAGGGAAACCGCGAGCUUGCUUUCUGCAUCUUAGGAUGCAGGCCCCCUGCAAGAAUUUUCUCCUAUUUCACUCUGUAAUGGCCCGAAAACGCCGCCGCUUACCUGUAGAGCGUGCCAGGUGAAAUGCACUGGGGAAGGUGCAAACGCGCCCUCCAGACAGCAGUACGGGGCCAGCCGCCGUAGAAGGUUCCUUUUUAUCGUCCUGGGGGACAAAGCAGAAGGAAAACCAAACGACUGAUGGAGGGCUGGCCCAGUAAAGAACCUUCUCUACAUCUAACAUAAAUCAAGCCUGCUGAUGGUUUCCGGUGGUGAGUCUUCCUUUCCAAAUAUAAGAGGAAUAAAGAAGUCACUUCCCCAGCUGUCAUCAUCUGCAAACAUACUGAGCAAGAAUAUUUCAAGCACGACAGAAAAGACAGUCUGUCAAACCCUAGAAGAUGAUCAGCCAUCUGAUUUUUUCAAGAAAGGGAAUAGGGUGACGAAGUCUCAUCAGAAAAGCAGCAAUAUGAAUGGUGGCCCGUCUUGGAAUAAAGUACAACGUUCAAAAAACCCUUCAGGAAAGAGGCAGAGUCAAUCCCAAGUGCCCCGCGUGCCCUCCCAGCCUCCUGCGGACGGACUCCAGGACAGCAGGUUCCCAGAAGGAAAACCCAAAAGGAGCCCACCGGGCGCUCAGCGGCGGGGCGCCUCGGGGAAGGAGCUGUUUCUGGACCUGCAGUGCACGAAAAUCCCGAAGGAGGGUGUGGGCGAGGAUGAGGGCAGCGCCAGCGACCUGUCCGACUCGGAGCGGGUGCCCCUGCUGCCGUCGGUGCGCGCGCCCCCGGAGCUGCACCUGCGCGCGGAGGAGAUCCACGCUACCGACCCGGGCCCGGAGUCAGACGCCGAAGCUGAAGCCCGGGGCGGCGCGCACCCCUCCUACCAGUAUGCGGACUUCCUGCCGGCCCCGUUCAGCUCCUGGGACCUCCGCGACCUGGCCGUGCCACCCGGCACCGAGCCCAGGCCCGCAGCUCGCUGCGGCGCUGUAGGGCCACUAGCCAGGUACAUCGACAGGCUGGUCCAGCUCGAGUGGCUGCAGAUGCAGACCGUCCAAGGUGAGAAGGGGAAGAGCGCCAAAGCCAAGCCUCCCACCGUCCCUGGCAUGUCCACGGGGGCUCUGAAAAGCCCAGGCAGAAGCAAGUUGGUGGCCAGUGCUGCAGCCAGGCCUCCCCAGGAGGGGGCUUGCAAGCCGGGAGCUCUGGGCGCUUCCCGGAGGAAGGAGCUGCACCCAGAAGAAGCCCGACCGUCCUAUUACGCGUUUGACACAGCCAAAGGCCUCCGUGCGCCUCGGGCCAGCAGGCCGAGUUCUCAGAAGCCAGCCCUCGAUGUGAGGAUGGAAGAGCAGAGAAAGAAAGUCAAUAAGAGCCCCAGACUCCAGCGCUGGGACCCGCCCUGUGGUGACAGUGGCGGCGCCAGGGCUCCCGCGCAGGGGGCGACCCCCCGCAACUCCGCUACCCCCGGCGGGGCGGCCAGAACGCAGGCACACGCGGGCCUGAAGAAGAAGGGCGGAGCAAGCAGCUGUGUCCCCACCGCCAUAGCCAGCGAGAAGAAACCCAAAACUAAUGGAGUAAAGCCAAGCACAUACAAAUUCAAGCAAGAACCGAAAUGAUGCGUUGCAAAGUCCCACAGAGUGCUAAAUGUCAGAGCUCUUCCGAAGGUUGGCACACUGUGAGUCCAAGGACGUUUUCUGGCGACCCACAGGCGAGUCCUCGGGUGGUCCUGGGGUGCAGCCGGCUGCGGCUUAUUUGCCAGGAAAGGCAGCUUUCAAUGAGCCUUUCUUCGUGCUGGCAAUCUUAAGCACAUGAGAGCCCUUUAGCUUCAUGAACCCAGGUCUGAGCCAUAUAAGGACAUACAAUGACCAGUCCGAACUGGACGCCGCUGCCAGGCGCACACCCCCAUGGCCGCACUGUCCAGCUCCCCCAGCUGCCCCCCAGCUUCCCCCCAGCUGCCCCAGCCCCGAGCACCUGCAGGUCGAAGGUCAUGCGUACCGUGUUCAACUGUGCAGAGUCUGAGAUGUUUGAAAGAGGGUUCUCCGUGCCCUUCUCCUAAACCGUCCAGACAGAAAUCCUGUCUACUUCAGGCCCAGGAGGGGCCACAGCCCUUCCUCUCAUUCGGGAGCCCCUUCUGGAGCAAAGUCAUGGAACACUGAGCUGCUUGUUCUUUCCAGACAGUGGAAUCUAAUAUUUUUAUAGUUUUUUGUUUCGUUUUGUUUUUUAAGGCAUUUGAAACUCAGAGGUGGUGGUGAAAUCCACCUUUGUGUUCUCUGCCCAGAGAUGAAAGCAGUGCCCAGUGGGUCUCAGAAGAACCCUUCCUGCCUGGUGGGAGCCCAGAGCGGAGCACUUGGCACCCAAGCGACUCUGACAUAUGUGUGGCUUCUAGAAAAGGUACGCAGUAAAGCCACGGUUUGUGGAGUCUGCACGGAAGGCCUGCCACGAACCGUAGAUACACAUGAGAGCACUGUGACUGUGACCGGCAUCACGUUACUGAUUCGGGACCUGGGGCCUGCUGUAGGAAGCCGACAUGACAUGAUCUGCUUUACUUUGCAAGAGCAGGAUCUUAUCACCUUGCUUCAGGGCGGAGGGGUGGGCGACACAUUUCCAGAUUGGGGGGGGUGUCUUCUUCACAAACAGUGGGUCCUGUGGCUCCCCGACUCUUCUAGAAGCUUCUUAUUUAACCACCACUAAGCUGGGUCUACGUGGGCCUUCAGUCGCACUGUGAGGCCUCUGUUAAUAAUGUAAAAUCUUUAAAACCUUUGGUGGACCACUGGACAUACAGUGUGUUUUAAUCACGGAAGCCAGUUUAUCUCUUGAAAUGAUUAUUUGCUUUCAUCCAUACGUGUUUCUAUUUUUUUCACCUUUAGGUCAAAUGUUUUCCAAGGCCCUUCAGUUAAGAGGAUAAGGACAAGAGACAUUCGUAAAUGAAAUAAUGCGCACAAGUUAGAUGUUAAGAUCCCAUUUACAAUCAGACUUUACUAAUACGAAACAACAUGUACAGAUGUUUAGGGCCGUUUUCUUUUGUCCCAUGACUCGACUUCCAGAUUUUCACAGUUUCUGUCUUAUGCUCUUUACCUUCCACACCAGCCUGCUGGAGAGAGUGCGUGUUUUCAUGAAGAUCUUGUACCUUUUUAUACGGACGAAGACGCCCCUCUAGUGGGGCUCAUUUCCCUAGUUCUCCGUUACGCUGUGACGUGUCCACUCACUGUG